AAUAAAUCUGGGAGCAAACCCAGAGAGAAAGCGAGAGAGAGCGCGCCAGCGCCGGCGGGCUCGCCCAGGUCUGUUUCCAAAGUCGCCCUUGAUGGCGGCGGAGGCGAGGCAGCCGCGGCGCGGAGCAGCGGCCGCGCGCUAGUGGGUCCGCCCGCCACCGCCCCUUCCCCGGCGCCGGCUUCGUCCUCGCUGCCCCCGCGCCACUCCGCGCCCCGGCCCCGGCGCCGGCCCUCCAGACGUCCGCCACCCGGGCGGCAGCCUGUGCUCCGUCCCUCCGCUUGCGGGUUCCUGCGCCGUUCCUGCCCCGGAUUGGGGAGGAAGGGGGAUUGAUCUUCGAUCGCGAAGAUGGCUGCUGGCUGCCUGCUGGCUUUGACUCUGACACUUUUCCAAUCUUUGCUGAUCGGCCCCUCGUCGGAGGAGCCCUUCCCUUCUGCCACCACUAUCAAGUCAUGGGUGGAUAAGAUGCAAGAAGACCUCGUCACACUGGCAAAAACAGCAAGUGGAGUCACUCAGCUCGCUGAUAUUUAUGACAAAUACCAAGAUUUGUAUACUGUGGAGCCAAAUAACGCACGUCAGCUGGUGGAAAUUGCAGCCAGGGAUAUUGAGAAGCUGCUGAGCAACAGAUCUAAAGCCCUGGUGCGCCUGGCUUUGGAAGCAGAGAAAGUUCAAGCCGCCCACCAGUGGAGAGAAGAUUUUGCAAGCAAUGAAGUUGUCUACUACAAUGCAAAGGAUGAUCUUGAUCUUGAAAAAAACGACAGUGAGACAGGCAGCCAGCGGAUAAAACCUGUGUUUAUCGAGGAUGCUAAUUUUGGACGACAAAUAUCUUACCAGCAUGCAGCAGUCCACAUCCCGACUGACAUCUACGAAGGCUCAACAAUUGUGUUAAAUGAACUAAACUGGACAAGUGCCUUAGAUGAAGUUUUCAAAAAGAAUCGAGAGGAAGACCCUUCAUUGCUGUGGCAGGUGUUUGGCAGUGCCACCGGCCUGGCCCGAUACUAUCCAGCUUCUCCAUGGGUUGAUAAUAGUAGAACUCCAAAUAAGAUUGACCUUUAUGAUGUACGCAGAAGACCAUGGUACAUCCAAGGAGCUGCAUCUCCUAAAGACAUGCUCAUCCUGGUUGACGUGAGUGGAAGUGUUAGCGGGUUGACACUCAAACUGAUACGAACCUCUGUCUCUGAAAUGUUGGAAACCCUCUCAGAUGACGACUUCGUGAAUGUCGCUUCAUUUAACAGCAAUGCUCAGGAUGUAAGCUGUUUUCAACACCUUGUCCAAGCAAAUGUAAGAAAUAAGAAAGUGUUGAAAGAUGCAGUAAAUAAUAUCACAGCAAAAGGAAUCACAGAUUAUAAGAAGGGCUUUAGUUUUGCUUUUGAACAGCUGCUUAACUAUAAUGUGUCCAGAGCCAACUGCAAUAAGAUUAUUAUGUUGUUCACGGAUGGAGGAGAGGAGAGAGCCCAGGAGAUAUUUGCCAAAUACAAUAAAGACAAAAAAGUGCGUGUAUUCACGUUUUCCGUUGGUCAACAUAAUUAUGACAGAGGACCUAUUCAGUGGAUGGCCUGUGAAAAUAAAGGUUAUUAUUAUGAAAUUCCUUCCAUUGGAGCAAUAAGAAUCAAUACUCAGGAAUAUUUGGAUGUUUUGGGAAGGCCCAUGGUUUUAGCAGGAGACAAAGCUAAGCAAGUCCAGUGGACGAAUGUGUACCUCGAUGCACUGGAACUGGGACUUGUCAUUACUGGAACUCUUCCAGUCUUCAACAUAACCGGCCAAUUUGAAAAUAAGACAAACUUAAAGAACCAGCUGAUUCUAGGUGUGAUGGGAGUUGAUGUGUCUUUGGAAGACAUUAAAAGACUGACACCCCGUUUUACACUGUGUCCCAAUGGCUAUUACUUUGCAAUCGAUCCUAAUGGUUAUGUUUUAUUACAUCCAAAUCUCCAGCCAAAGAACCCCAAAUCUCAGGAGCCAGUAACUCUGGAUUUCCUUGAUGCAGAGCUAGAGAAUGAUAUCAAGGUGGAGAUUCGAAAUAAAAUGAUAGAUGGAGAAAGUGGAGAAAAAACCUUCCGAACUCUGGUUAAAUCUCAAGAUGAGAGAUAUAUUGACAAAGGAAAUAGGACAUAUACGUGGACACCUGUCAAUGGCACAGAUUACAGUUUGGCCUUGGUAUUACCAACCUACAGUUUUUACUAUAUAAAAGCCAAAAUAGAAGAGACAAUAACUCAGGCCAGAUCAAAAAAGGGCAAAAUGAAGGAUUCAGAAACCCUGAAGCCAGAUAAUUUUGAAGAAUCUGGCUAUACAUUUAUAGCACCAAGAGAUUACUGCAGUGAUCUUAAAAUAUCAGAUAAUAACACUGAAUUUCUUUUGAAUUUCAAUGAGUUUAUUGAUAGAAAAACUCCAAACAACCCAUCCUGUAACACAGAUUUGAUUAAUAGAAUCUUGCUGGAUGCAGGCUUUACAAACGAACUCGUCCAAAAUUACUGGAGUAAGCAGAAAAAUAUCAAAGGAGUAAAAGCAAGGUUUGUUGUGACUGAUGGUGGGAUUACCAGAGUUUAUCCUAAAGAAGCUGGAGAAAAUUGGCAAGAAAACCCAGAGACGUAUGAGGACAGCUUCUAUAAAAGGAGCCUAGAUAAUGAUAACUAUGUUUUCACUGCUCCCUACUUUAACAAAAGUGGACCUGGUGCCUAUGAAUCUGGCAUUAUGGUAAGCAAAGCUGUAGAAAUAUAUAUCCAAGGGAAACUUCUUAAACCUGCAGUUGUUGGAAUUAAAAUUGAUGUAAAUUCCUGGAUAGAGAAUUUCACCAAAACCACAACCAGGGAUCCGUGUGUUGGUCCAGUUUGUGACUGCAAAAGAAAUAGCGAUGUAAUGGAUUGUGUAAUUCUAGAUGAUGGUGGAUUUCUUUUAAUGGCAAAUCACGAUGAUUAUACUAAUCAGAUUGGAAGAUUUUUUGGAGAGAUUGAUCCAAGCUUGAUGCGAUACCUGGUGAAUGUAUCAGUUUAUGCUUUUAACAAAUCUUAUGACUAUCAGUCAGUAUGUGAGCCCGGGGCUGCCCCAAAACAAGGAGCAGGACAUCGCUCAGCAUAUGUGCCAUCAAUAACAGACAUAUUACAGAUUGGCUGGUGGGCUACUGCUGCUGCCUGGUCUAUCCUACAGCAGCUUCUCUUGAGUUUGACCUUUCCAAGACUCCUUGAAGCAGUCGAGAUGGAAGAUGAUGACUUUACAACCUCCCUGUCAAAACAGAGCUGUAUUACUGAACAGACUCAAUAUUUCUUUGAUAAUGAUAGUAAAUCAUUCAGUGGUGUGUUAGACUGUGGAAACUGUUCCAGAAUCUUUCAUGUAGAAAAGAUUAUGAACACCAACUUAGUAUUCAUAAUAGUUGAAAGCAAAGGGACUUGUACCUGUGACACACGACUGCUCAUACAAGCGGAGCAGACUUCUGACGGUCCAAAUCCUUGUGAUAUGGUUAAGCAACCCAGAUACAGAAAAGGGCCUGACGUCUGCUUUGAUAACAAUGUCUUGGAGGAUUAUACUGACUGUGGCGGUGUUUCUGGAUUAAAUCCCUCCCUGUGGUCUAUCCUUGGAAUCCAGUUUGUACUACUUUGGCUGGCAUCUGGCAGCAGACACUGCCUAUUAUGACCUCCCACAACCAAAUCGACAUAAUUAAACUCCAGACCCUGCCAAAACAUGACCCCUCAAUUACAUUCAAAUAGGGUCAACUGUCGAAUCAGCAAAACGUUAGCUGGGCCUCUACCAUGGCACUACACCAAGGCGCUGACUCAUGCGGCACCCACUGGCUGCAUGUCAGGGUGUCACAUCCUUAACGUGUGUGAAUGCUGCAUCUCCUGUGUAUAACAUCAAAGCAAAAGCCGACAUGUGCUCUACUGGGAAAUUUGACAGUUCGUUGUUGCAUUGUUGGUGAUUAUAUGUAUAAGGGCUCCCCAUACAACUGUCCAUGAGUUAUAAGAAAUGUCUUGAUUUUAAGCUGGAAUUUUGACUCGCUGCAAUUUUCUCAAGAAUAUCUCUAGGGGAGAAACAAAGUUAUUUUUACCUUAACUCAUCCUUCUGUUAAAAGUUAAUUCUUCUUUUGAGUAGUUAUUAUUGAAAAAAUAUAUAUAUAGAGAGAGAGAGCGUGUGUGUGUGAGAAUUAACAUUGGUCUAAAUUGUUGAAAUACAAAUAAUGGCUGAUUUUCUACCAAAAAAAAUUCGCCAUUAAUAAAAUGCCUUAUGAAGAACGGCUUCGCUGCCAAGGACAAAACACAAUUGAUGACCAAUUAAAUUUUGGUGGGGCAAAUGAAUGGCUUAAAGAUAAUAACCAAGGAACUAUUAAACUAAAGGUGCUUGAGGGUGAAAUUUGAAUAUGUGACAUAUUUCUCAUAAAUGUAAGCAAGCCCUUAAAUGCUUUGAUGUGUGAUGCUCCUUCUGUUCACAAUACAGUUAUGUCGUGCUAGCCAGAUAUUUUACAAUGCUCUAAGAAAAGCUUGUUGGGGGGAGGGGGAAAUGUCUUUCUUGUGAUAAAUGAACUUUGGUUAUCAAGGGUAUUUUGCAUGAUGCUGCUGCUAUUUUAACUUUUCAGUUUGUUUUUCUCUUUCUGUAGAGUGUAGUCCCUUGAAAAGUUAACCGAGUGACAUUAUUGUUAUGUAAGAAUCUGAACCUUGCCGUGUAAAUGCACUUAAGUCAUCUUUAAAAAUGUUGUUAAACUACUCUGAAUAUACUGUACAAUGUAAAUGCUGAAUGAUUGGGGUUAGGUCACGGUGAAAUGAGAAUUAAUGGAUUUUAUACAGAUUCUGUGCUUUCGCCUGAAAACCUAUGUACAGAUAUUUUAAGUACAUAAAUCAGAUUUGACACAUUUAUUUUUUGAAAAGUACAUAUAUGUUCUCAGUGAAGAUUCAUCCUAGGUUUCCUCUUUGUUCGUUUCAUUAGUAGCACACACGAUCCAGAAGUUUCUGCUACUGCUGCUCUAUCCCUCUAUUUUAAAUGGUAUGAUCAUUUGACCAAACUUUCUAUCCAAUUUGAUGAGGGUUUUACAAUAAUCUGAACAAAUAGGAAACCUUGGAUCUAUAUGUAUGCACAUAAAUACUUGAUUGUGAAUAAUGAAAAUUGUUUUUAUACAGCCUCCUUGGUGAAAAUAAUUAGUGUAGUAAGUCAAAUAUUUCAUUAUAGACUAAUAUGGUAGCAGAAUAUUAUUUAUGCUUCUAAAAAUUAUUUUAAGGAGUAAACAGUAUUUGAAGAAAGAGUAAAAACUAUGAAUGUGUAACUCCAGGAAUAUGAAAAAUGUUAGUGAAGGCUGGAAGUAUGUAGAUAUUUUUUAUGGUAAUAUGCAUUUUUCUUUUCUUGAACAUGCCAAAUAUUGGUGUGUGUGUGUGUGUGUGUGUGUGUGUGUGUAUGCUGGAAAUUUUAUUACAUACCAGUUUUAAGUCAAAAUUAUUAACAUUAUCCAGCAUGCUUUAAUACACUCCACAUAUCAAAGAUAUAACCAAGUCUUUAGACUAGUUUAAAAGAUAAAAUUUGUUUUGUCUUUAGCUUUGCAUACGUUUGUAAUUUCCUCCCAUCACCACAUACCCUAGGUACCUUUGUCUAUGUUUUCUUAUUUAAGAUUUUUUUAAUUUGGAAUAGGGGGAGGGGGAAGUGGAAUCACUUUGCAAACUAUUGUUCCAAGAGUUGACAUCAGUUACCAUUUCUAAUGCAUUGUUGUGAUUUUGUAGUGUCGUUCAUAAUUGACAUUUUAGAAAACACCAAAGUGAUUUAAAAAAUACGAAACUUCUCUAGUAACAAUGUUUAAAUCAUGUUGUUUGUUAGUUAGAUAUUUAAAACUUACUAACUUUUGCUAGACUAUUUUAAAUCAUGAAAGUGUUGGGAAGGGGAUAUUAAAGAAUAAAAUUGUUUGUGCAUAUAAAAGACACAUUAAAACACAUGUUGAAUUGCUUCCAGCAUACAACAAACUACCUUAAAAUUACUUUUCAAAUCUAUUAAAUAGAUGUUCGUGGCUAAUGUCAGCUAUACAAUUCGUUUUCGUCAACAUUCUUAUUGCAUUAAUCACAGUUAAACUUGGCAUCUCUUGGCAGGGUCCUAUUUAAUUUCUAUGGCCAUCAGUACCUAUUUACAUGCACGAGUCUUGCAAUGGCCUUUUGUUUUGUUAUAAAAUAGGGUUAUGUAUUAUGACGGCCACAUAAUAUAAUAAUAAAUUGGGUAAGAACUUGCUCUCUAACUAAAAAUUGUUCUCCUGACUGAUACAAGUCUUCAUACUUUUAGUUUACAUUUUUAAAAAACAGUAACACUCAUCCCAUCAAAUUGCCAUAUUAAAUUCACUACUUCUCUAUGAGUUUUGUUGACAAACACUUAAAUUAUAGCCUGUUAAUAAUAUUGAUUUCCAAAGACUAAACAGUACAAUGGAUCGAUAAAAAAGCUUAGAAACUGUUUUUAUUCUUUAAUUUUUUUCUGUACUCAUGUAGCUUAAUGUAGCUCGUCACUAAAACAAAGUCAAAAUUAGUCUGGCGUUAGUGUUGAGUAACCAGAGGGAAUUUCACAUUAAUGUUUUUGUUUUUCCUUCAUUUAAACAACCAGCAUUACUGCCAAACACCAGUCGUGGUCCAUAUUUGUAACAGGUUUUUAACAUUGACAUAGUUAGCAAGUUUGAUUGAAGAGAUUUUUAGGUCCUGGGCCUAUGAGAUUUUAGUAUGCUCUUUUUUCAUGUUUCUAAUGCUUGAGGCGUUAUUGCUUAACUUGGACAAAAAUCAAAACAGUGUUGCCACCAUUUGUAAGUUUUCCUACAAUUAUUAACUUUAAAACUGGCCUUAUGGGGUUCAAAUAGGCAGUAUCCCUUUUAAGUGACCUUUGCAACCCAAGUGUUACUUGCUUAUUUGACGCUCUCUGAUAUUUCACAUCACAUUUCAAUCUGUCUCCACCAAAGUUUAAAUUUUGUCUUAGUUUAAAACUGUUAAGCUAUUCCAUUGAUCAUGUUAGUUGACAUUAAAAUGUUUAAUGAUAUAGUCUGACCUAGUGAAACAAAAUGGAUGUUGUGACUUCCAGUGUGAAAUAGAACGGCUAUUUCACUUGCCGAGAAUGUUAAAUAUUCUAUUAUUAUCUGAAACUCAUGUUGUUUCCCACAGCAGAAUGUUAAUAUUGUUAAUAUUCAGUGUACAUUUCUGUAAAGAGCAAAUCCAUAAAACAAGCUAUCAAGUGUUGAAAAUUUCCCGAAUUGUGAAGAUUUAGAGAACUCUUAUCAGUAGCUUCAUUACCUUAUUUCUAGUUCACGUAAUUAUAUCAAAGAAAUUCCUCUAACGGGAUACUGUCUUGUAUAGAUGCCAACUGAGUUUCUAAUGUGACUUGGUGAAGCUGUCUUUUUUGUUGUGCUGUGUGAUUGUUGGGUCAUGCUUUUCCAGAUACUUUUAUUGAAACGCUCAGUGUGCGUCCAUGCAAAAGGCCAAAUGGCUUUUGUGAACAAUAGAUCUUUUCUCCCCUUUAUUAUGUUCUCUUGACACUUUUGUGAAAAUUAACUAGCCUGAUAAAAAAACCAUUUUGUAAAAAUUUGUAUAAUACUGUUAUAAAAAUAUUUAUAAUCCCAGAAAAUGUUGUGUUAAAUCUUGUGCAAAAACAGUAUAUUCAGAAUAAAAGUUUAUCAUUUAAAGUCA